AUGAAUCGAGAUGUGUUGGGAGAGAUUUUCAAGUUUUUGGAUUUUUCGAAUGUGAUUCCAGUUGCAUUGGUUUGUAGGGAGUGGUCGGAAGUGAUGCAUUCUGAAAAUUUGUGGAAAGUUUAUUUCAACUCGUUUUGUUAUUCGAAAGACCAAUUAUUAUUGGAAAGUCAAUGUAAAGAUAUUAAAAAUUAUUGGAAGAAUCAAAUCAUGGAACGAUGUAGUGCAUUCUGCUGUAAAUUGCCGGCAAGAAGAUUUAUCGGAUCACAAAAACUAAACCUUUCUCUUUCGCAUUCGUAUUUUCCUUCAUCAGAUUCGAAUUAUUUUAGUUGCUUUUUCAAAGUACUUUGUUCAAGGAUAGAGAUAGAAUCUGCCAAGUUAAUUUCUCUAAGUGGCGAAGAAGGAUUGUCAGUUCCAUUCCUUUCGGAAAGUUUUAAUUUUUCACAAACACUAAACUUUAAGAUUCGUCUAAAAAUUGAAGGAUUAUCCGAAUUGCUCAUAGCAAGAGUGUAUAAUGUUCCUAAAUAUUCGAAAGGCUCAAUAUCAAGAAAUUAUUUCAUGUACUUUGCAUUGGAAUCGGAUGAUUUAUCAAAUUUACAAUAUUUAACACCACCAAUGGUAAAACUCAAUCAGGUAAAAUCACUGAAAAGAUCAUUCCUAUUCGAAUUUAUUAAGAAGGACAGGUUUGGAUCAAUAACUGGUCAGGAAUAUCUCAUUGAAAGAAUUCUUUCACAAAUAUUUCCACCACACUUGUUGAAAAGUGAAAUUGAGAAACAGGAAAUGGCAUCCAUGUGGUGUCUUAUCAUUGGUAGAAUUCUCUCCUUAUUGGAUGCAAGUAGGUUGACAGAUCAUAAAGAGGUUUGGAAGUUUAUUCCAUUCACAAAAUCAAAACAGAAUGAGGAAUCACUUGUGUAUGCAUUCAGGAGGGGAAUUUAUAGAGAAAGAGCAAAAAUAAUAGCUCAUCGAGUGCUACCAAAUGAUAAAUAUGUGAAAUUUAUGAAGGGGAGAGAGUCUGACUCGUUUGCUUCAUUCGAAGAGUUGAAAAUGCAAAAAGUAGAAAUAAUUUCAAUGGAGCAUAGAAAAGUGGUAAUGGCCAAAUCUCUGGAUUAUUCAAACUCGGGAGCUCUAGGAAAUGUGUCCAUCAACAAGGAAAUAUUGAAACAAAUCAAACUGAUGGCACUUUCUGAUGAAUUUAUGAAAUAUUAUUUGGACUAUAAAUUCUCUAGGAUUAAGGAAUAGCUAAUAUGAUGAGAGUAAUUAUUAUUAAUGGAUUAUUGGACAAGAAAUGUAAAAUAUUCAGAUACAAGGGAGAAUUGAAUUUUAUUUACAACAUUUGGAUCGAACAAGCUUUACAAUACUAUAGAUGGAUAUGGCAAGCAAAUACAAUGACAAUCCAAUGUAUAAUGGUGCCAAAACGAGAGAAUAUCUCAGUGUAAUCAAGGUAUCCAAACGAAGGGAGAGAAGAAUUAGGAAGGUUGUAAAUGGGGAAAGCAACAAGAAUACAAUUGGAAUGGGAGUAAGAACAGCCAAAACGGUCGUCUUUUUGGCAUGAAAACCAUUGUAAAAUAUUUUUGCUGCAUAAUAGGGAAGGAUUGAAAUAUUGAAAUGUAUCAAUAAUAAACAGACAUAAGCUGGUGUCAAUACUUCAGACCAUUUCACAUGUUCUGUAAAUGACAUUUCAUCCAGCUUUAAACUCGCUAGCACUAGUGACGUGCCUGAAGAAAGGUAAAUUAAAUUCACAUUCAUUACUAAAAGCAUGAUUGUUAAAAGUUGUGAUAUUGUUCUCUUAAAGGGUGAUUUGAGUGUCCACAAUCUAACACCUCUAUAGGUGAAAUCAACACAAGCAAAGAGUUGGAAAAUAUAUACAGGAAUUAGGAGGUAUCUCCAAACAAGUUGAUCUUUAAAGAUCAAAAAUCUUAAUCCAAUAACCAAAACCAAGACAGAGAACCAUAUUAAUUGGGAUGG